AUGGCACUCGAAGCAUCCACGUCGAGUGGACUUAGACCCGGCCGGUCAGACAGCAAGCGUGCCUCUGCAUCUCCAGACCUACGCUUCGCGACCAAGCGUGCCCGAAUGGACGAGGCGAGUCAUAGCAAGACGCAGCGGACAGUGAUAGCCUCGACUGAUGAUCUUUUCAAUCGUCGCCUGCGAGAUGCCAAUCCUUCAGCCCAAUCGAGCAGCAUCAGGACAGCCCGAUUCGUCUCCUCAGAGGGAACAGAGGACGCUAUGCUAAGACGGCUGGGCAGACUGAACAGAGUCAAAGACACCGUCACUUCACUCGAACGCCUAGCAGAGUCGCAGCUUGCUCAAUCGCAGCCUAGCAAGAGUGCGCCUGUAGUACAGCUCACCGUGCCUAGAGCACCCCGCCUUCAGACGGAUUCAAGGCUAGCCCAGAAGGGAGCCCGAGAACGUCCCAUCGGUCGAGUCGCAAGCAAGAGCAUGAAGGCUUCGGCUGCCUUUGCACCUCCCACGCAAAAAGCUAGACCUCUUCAACCGAGACAAGAGCAAACAGAUAUACCUCGCUUCCAGAGACCUCUCACUAAGUCAACAAAGCCACGCGUCGUGCCUUUGCCCGAUACCCAGCCUGCUCGCCUCCUAGUCGCCAGAGCACAGCUUACACGUCAGGGCAGUGUCGUCGACAGACUUCCAGCUAAAGUCACAACUGUGCAAUCCCCUCAGUUAGUGCAUAAGCAUGUGCGGACCAGACUAGCGCCCGGAGCGACCAGCGAGAGACUGACUGUCACUAGCCCUCCGCAAAGCGUCCUUCGAGAGGUUGAGCCAUUAGCCAGAGUGCAGUCAUUCGAAGCGUACGAUCAACAAGCGUCUCCAACGCCAAGCAGGCAGUCCACGCCCUCGCCACCAAAGCCUGCUGCUCUUGCACCUAAUGACACAUUACAGUCUUUCAGCAAGACGAGGAGCACGACCAGCUUCAACAGAUCAUAUCGCAAAACGACACGGUACUGUAGCGAGGAGCCUGCCGAUCUUGACUAUACCCUCGAUCUACCGAAUUUCGAUUCGCCGCACGCAGACGUACGUCUCUCGCCCGCACCCAUGUCGACGCCUGCAGUGCGCUCAAAUAUCAUCGACUUCUCGCCACUUCUAGAAGAAGAACGAUAUCUGACGGAGACCUCGGCAGAGGACGCACAGAGCGAAGCCGAUUCGUCAAUAGCUGCAGAUGAUGAUACCGUACUCGAUCCGAAGCCAGACUCAAGCCGAUCCGGCCGUGAUACUACGAUCACCCGCGAGCCAACUCGUGUCCGCGAGCCAUCUGUCGAUUCAUCCCGUAGACGUCCGCAGACAUCACAUUUGGACGGCCGCAGCAGCGCAGCGCAGGCCCCGCCGCAGCAUGACCCCCUACAUAUCUCGCCUGAGACGUCAAGAACCACGCCAGGUUCAUCGCAAGCACCAAUGACUACGAGACGUCCGCCAUCUGCGAUCGCUGCGCGCCUUUCCUCAGCAAAGAAGCGAUUCUCGAAGCUUCAACGACCAGAUCGUUCAACAAGUAUCAGCGUGGGGCCGGUACUUGCCGACGAUGACACCACAACCGGAUUUGAUAUUUACGCUGAUCAGACUGAUCAAGACGAUAUGCUUGCAUACGAGCGCAGCAUUGCUGCCACGCCCCUAGCAGAUCGCACAUUGCUGCAGGAAGACGAUCUCGGCGAAAGACUGUACGCAGCUAUCAGCGGAAAAUAG